AUGUUAGCAGCUGGCAAAAUUAGCCAAACCACAGUAGCCAAACUGAAAGCAAGCUACAGUCUGCUCCAUGAGACCUUGAAACGUGCCCAGAAUUCUGAAGUCCAACUUUUGGCAGAGGCUAAGAGCCGUCGGGCCGACCUGGAGAGGCUUCGGGCCGAGGUAGAGAGUUUAGAGGAGCAGAGCACAUCUGAGGCACCAGAGAGUGAGGUCAGCGAACUGCGGCGACAGCUCCUCCAGGCAUGCAAUGAGCUGAAAGCUACCGAGGAGAGAAAAUACAAUAUGCAGCAUGAGCUGAAGUGUCUGUGGGAAGAGAAGCUGGUUCUGGAGAAAGAGAAUGAGAUUCAAACAACGCCUGCUGAGCUGGAGAGCCAGAAAAAAGCCCUGGAGGAUAAAUGUGAAGAUCUGAAGAAAGACAUUUCCCAGCGACAACUCGAUAUCAGAAGCCUGAUGGAAGACGUGGAAUUGCAGGAAACACUGAUAUUGAAUGAAGAGAAAAGGCUGCGAGACAACAAUGAGAUUGUGGAACUCAAAGAGGCUGAGAAAGCCCAGCUCAUCAGCAUACCCAACCAGAUUUUAAAGGAGAGCAAAAGGAAACACGUUCCGUUAGAAGCUGCAGUGAAGUCGAUGGAAGCACUAAAUGUGGAGAUGUCAGAGAUGGAGCAGCAAGUGCGGGUGGUGGAUGAGUGCAACAAAUCCCUCAAGCGGAGGAGGGAGGAGGUGGCACAGGGGCUGGAGGGUCUGAGGUCCCAAAUAGAGGCCAGUCAGAAGAAGCACAGACAGCUACUGAAAGAGCAGGAGGUCAGCCAGGAGAAAGUGGCUGAAUUCAUGGGAAACAGGGGCAUCUUGGAAAUGAAGCUACAAAACCUCAUGAAUGACAGAAAGCACCUCUUUAAGAGCCGAUCUGUGCAGCUCAGAGAGAAAAAUGGGCAAAUACAAGCCCUCAAACGAAUGGAGCAGGCACUGACCAUGGCUACUGAGCAGCUUGGACAAACACAAUUUGUGUACAAUGAACUACAAGCCCAGCUGGAUGCUGUUCCCAAAAGAGAGGCCAGUAUACAGCAAAGGAUGGAGCUUCAGAAAGAAGUGGAUGCUCUCCGAGUCAGCUUUGAAAAACAGCUUUCAUUGACUGAGGAGGACGGUGAUAAGAAGCAGCAGUAUGGGAUGAUUCAGGAGCUGCUCGGGGAGUCUAACCAACUCAGAGAAGAGCUCCAUAACCUCAGAUGUCUCACACAGAUCAAGGCAGACGAGAGGGGUCAGAAGCACCGUGAACUGCUAAGGACUCAGCGACUGAACCAGCAAAUCCAGCAGGAGCUCAAAGACAAAGAGCUGCUCAUCGCGGACCACAGCAAGCUGAACGAAAUGCUGCAGCGCAGAAUUUCACAGUAUUCCAAACUGUCUGAUAUGAUGGGGGAAGAGAAGAAUAAGUUUGUCCAGCUGAAGGAGAUUGCCUCACAGACUAUCUCAGAGCUGACAGACCAGAUUAGAGUUUUGGAAAAUGAAAUGGAGAUCCAGCGCAGCGUAGCGAUCAACAAGGACAGAUGUCUCACAAAGGCCCGUAUGAAGAUGUCUAACAGCUCAAAAAUCAGGGACAAGAUCCGCAAUGAUAUCUCCAAGGUUACUUGGAAACAUGGACAUAUCAAUCAAGAGCUUGAAGACAACAGACUAGAACUGAUGAGACUUUCACAGGCCAUCAACCUCCAGGAGGAGACUCUUCUGGAGUUAAACAGAAAUCAUGAAAAUGCCAUACAGCGCCGCAAUUUUCUGGGCAUCCAACUCUUGGAACAAGAGGAGGUUUUGUUUAACUAUCGUGAGCGGGUGAACAAUCAAGAGGCAGCCAUUGCUAAGGGCAACGUGUCUCUGGAGACCCUGGAGAAGGACAUUAAAGAAUUACAGUUGGCGAUUAAUGAAGAGAAGAGGCAGAUAGAUCUGAAGAAGAGGGAAGUGCUGCUCAAGAGAAAACUGGAGGACGAAAUGACCAUGCUGCAGAUAGAGGUGUCGGCAGCCAGAGACAAGACGCUAGCAGGUCUGAAUCGACCGGUGGAUUACAAGGAGCUAAAAGGCGAAGACCCGUCAACAGUGGAGCUGGUCAAGAAAGUGGAGAGGCUUGAGGUGAAUCUAGCUGAACGGGAAAGACAGUUGCAGGAAAAAGAACUCCUGCUGGACAGAGUGACCCGGCUGUCGAAUCCUCUGAGGGAGCAGGCCGAGAAGUGCCAGCAGGACGAACUGUCACUGGCAAAGAAGCUUAACAAGGUCCGAACCAGCAUCAUCCGAACCAACGGCCGCUUGAUGGCUGUCUCUGCAGAACUCUCCGUGAUGCAAGCUGCAGCUUUUUCUCAGCAGCAGCAGAUCAAAGAGCAGGAGAACCAGAUGGACAGGUGCCAGCGGCGGCUGGAGCAGGGCCUGCCACCGUACCCCGAGAUAGAGGAGGAGUGGAGGAGGAUGCUGCGGGACAAGAAGAGGAGACAGAGACACAAAGAGGAGAGGCAGAGGCUUGCUGAAGAAGGUGAGUGGAGUCAGCUGCCAAAUGGAGAGUACACCACAGCCAAAGCCCGACCCAACGCAUACAUCCCCCAGGACGACCCCCUCCCUCUGCCCAGACCCUACGGAGCCCAAGCCCCCUUCAAGCCCACCCAGCCAGGUGCCAACAUGAGACACAUCCGCAAACCCACACUCAAACCACUAGACGCCUAA